CGCGGCUGGGCUAGGCUAGGCUGGGCUAGGCUGGGCUAUAAAACCGAGCCGAGGCAGCGCAGCUGGCUCACACGGCCGCCGGAGCCCCGCAGCCAGCGCAGGACCCGUGCGCAGCUCUGCCUCCUCCUCCUCCUCCUGCUGCCUCCUUGUUUUUCCUGGAAUACUGAUCCGACCCCGCCAACAAGAUGUGCAAGGGACUCGCUGCGCUGCCAGCCACUUGCUUAAAAAGUGCCAAAGACAUGAAGCACCGCCUGGGCUUCUUGCUGCAGAAGUCAGAUUCCUGUGACUACAGCUCUUCCCAGGGCAAGAAGGAGAAGAUAUCUUCAAGCCAGAGGCUUAGCCAAGAGGAAGUCAGGAAAUGGGCAGAUUCCUUGGAAAAUCUGAUCCAUCACGACAGAGGACUGGCUGCUUUCCGUGCUUUUCUCAAGUCUGAGUACAGCGAGGAAAACAUCGAGUUUUGGGUCAGUUGUGAGGAGUACAAGAAAACCAAGUCACCAGCCAAGCUCAGCCCCAAGGCCAGGAAGAUUUAUGAUGAGUUCAUCUCAGUGCAGGCCACAAAAGAGGUGAACUUGGAUUCAUGCACACGGGAGAAGACCAGCCACAAUAUGCUGGAGCCCACGCUGUCCUGCUUCGAUGAGGCUCAGAGGAAAAUAUUCACCCUCAUGGAGAAGGAUUCUUACCGCCGCUUCCUCAAGUCCCCUUACUACCUGGACUUGGUCAGCCCGCCUGGCGCCGGCUGUGGGCCCGAAAACUGCAAAAGAAACCACACUCACAGCUUAGACUGCAACUCCAACAUCAUCUCCCAGUGUGCCUGAGCCUGCAGCACGGCAGGGCUGGGCUCUGCACAACAUAGGGCAGCAAAAGCACUCAUUGGCAUGAAGCAACAGAGCUGUCUCCAGUAGCUGUCUAAUGUCCCAGUUGUGUCCCAUGUCAUGCAACAGCCAGCAUUUGUAACCCCAUCCGGGCUCAGUGUGUGCAGCAAAGCCUCCUCUGAUGGGUCGGGGCAGGAGCUGGGGGCAGGGUCCAACAGGAGCUGGGGCUGUUUUUGGCAGGAGCUGGGGGCGGUGGCUGUGUGUGCCAGGCUUCUACCAGCCCUGCCAGCCCAGGAGCUGCUGUGCCAGCCCUGGCUCUGCCCACAGAGGGACCAGGCUGGCAAGGUCACCCCGUGACACCCAGCGAGGUGCAGGGCAGAGAGGAAGCCCAGGGAAGCGCUGGGGACUGGGAUCUCCCCUUUCCAAUCUGCAGAGGUUUAGGUGAAGAGGGCUGCUCUGGUCCUUAGCUAUCCAUAGCUCCUCGGUGUCCAGGCUGUCAGGAGUGUUUGCCCAGGGCUCAGGCUGUGCUGCAUUGCAGUACCAGGCACAGGAAGAGCUCCUGCUCUCUCUUGAAGGGAGACCAAAGCUUUUUGGACAGCCUCCCUCCAUCCCUACAGCCAGGGUUCAGGGGAGCCCAGC